AUAGACGAGGUUUGACUGUGGCUGGAGUAACUAGUGAAAAUCCGGCUACAGACCACUUGCGGCAAGAGUUUCCUUCCUGACAAUCGCAGCUGUUUGUUGUGCGCAAGCUAGCUAGCGGUAGCUUGGUUGGGGCAAGAAACUAAGAUUGAAGAGGAAGCUAUUUUGCUCCUCGCCAAUCAACUGUUUUUUUUUUUAAACAACUGGUCAUAUGUAAUUCGCUUAGAUAAAUUCUUCCCGGUUAUCAAAUGAGAAAAGAAGCACAUCAAUUCCCUUGACUUUUUUUUGGAAGGCCUUUUUUUUCCUCUGCAAAGGAUGUCUAAACGAUUAAGGAAUAGUGAGGUUUGCGCGGAUUGCAGUGUCCCAGAGCCUCGCUGGGCCUCUGUGAACAGGGGCGUGCUGAUCUGCGACGAGUGCUGUGGUGUUCAUCGGAGUCUGGGCAGACACAGCUCCCAAGUGCGUCACCUGACUCACACACCAUGGGCUCCUACACAGCUACAAAUGGUUCAGACUUUAUACAACAACGGUGCAAAUUCGAUAUGGGAGCACUGUCUACUGGACCCGAUGAUGAGUGGUAAACGCAAGGCCAACCCUCAGGACAAAGUGCACCCAAACAAGACAGAGUUCAUAAAGGCCAAAUACCAAAUGCUGGCUUUUGUCCACCGGAUGCCUUGUCGAGAUGAUGACAGCUUCACAGCCAAGGACUUAAGCAAGCAACUUCACUCCAGCGUCCGCACUGGUAACUUGGAGACGUGUCUGAGGUUACUCUCUCUUGGAGCCCAGGCCAAUUUCUUUGACCCAGAAAAAGGGAAUACGCCGCUGCAUGUGGCUGCCAAGGCAGGGCAGGUGUCUCAGGCAGAGCUGCUGACCAUCUACGGGGCUGACCCCGGCGCCCCCGACUCCAACGCCAAGACCCCCAUCAACUAUGCAAGGCAAGCUGGCUACCAUGACCUGGCUGAUAGGCUGGUAGAGAUCCAGUAUGAACUUACUGACAGACUGGCAUUCUAUCUCUGUGGGAGAAAGCCUAAUCAUAAAAAUGGCCAACACUUCAUCGUGCCACAGAUGGCUGACAGGAACAUCAGUUUAGAUUUAUCAGAACUGGCAAAGGCAGCAAAGAAGAAACUCCAGUCUCUCAGUAAUCAUUUAUUUGAGGAGCUGGCGAUGGACGUGUUUGACGAAGUGGACCGAAGGGAGACCGAUGCUGUAUGGCUGGCGACACAGAACCACAGCACCCUGGUGACAGAGACCACAGUGGUGCCUUUCCUUCCUGUGAACCCAGAGUACUCAUCAACACGAAACCAGGGACGGCAAAAGCUUGCGAGAUUUAACGCACAUGAAUUUGCAACUCUUGUCAUCGACAUAUUAAGUGACUCGAAACGUCGACAGCUGGGGAACUCUAUGAUAAGUCCCAAAGAAAAAGUUGAACUUAUCCUAAAAAGCCGGAGUGGUGGCGAGGGUCUGGACAACGACCAACCGGACUACGACAGCGUGGCCUCUGACGAGGACACGGAUAAGGAGCCACCCUCGGGCAAGGACCGGACCAAGAGUCUGGACUCAGACCUGUCAGACGGGCCUGUCACGGUGCAGGAGUUCCUGGAGGUGAAGAACGCCCUGUCGGCCUCGGAGGCCAAGAUCCAGCAGCUGAUGAAGGUCAACAGCAACCUGAGCGACGAGCUGCGGCUGAUGCAGAAAAAGCUGCAUUCUCUGCAAAGCGAGAACACGUCUCUCAGGCGGCAGGGCCCAACCACCCAUAUCUAUCAGGUCCCCAUCAGCAGCGGGUCAGAGUACACUGACCCUUCUUCCUCCAGUACCUCGGCCAUGAAGCGCCGGCAGUCGGCGCGGGCCAGCCGGCCCAUGUCCAUGUCUAUUUAUGAGACUGGCUCAGGUCUGAAGCCCUACCUCCCUAAGGGGGACACCCCCUACCUAGAGGAGGGUGCCCCCACCCUGCAACCCGUCUUCCCACCUCAUGCCUCCAAGCUGGACAAGCAGAGCAGCAUGCCAGACAGUGACUAUGACAACACAACCAAUGACUAUGAGAUGAAGGACUCUGGUAGACGUGGGAGGCUGAGGAGCAGUGUCUGGCUGGGGGAGGGCAGCUCCAUCCCUGAGAUGGAUGACCUGGGGGCAGAACCGGACCCAGCGCUCCCCAGCACUGAGGAUGUCAUCCGUAAGACGGAGCAGAUCACCAAGAACAUCCAGGAGCUGCUCCGUGCCGCGCAGGAGAACAAGCACGACAGACCUUGUGAGGGUGUGCGCCGGCUCAGGCACAGUCUGGGCUGUUUCAGCACCCUGGUGCCCUGGGCUGAGAAGGCCCCCUCUCCCGUGCAGCCCCUCAGCCUGUGCUCCCCCGAUCCUGCCUCCCGCUUUAUACCCAGCUCCGAAAGAAUAUAUGUGGCCGUAACCGAGAUGGCUGCUCUCUUUCCCAAGAGACCCCAUUCGGAGAUGGUGAGAGGCCCCCUGCGCCUGUUGACGUCUAGCUCCUUCCGGCUCCAGGGUGAGUGUCGGAAGGCAGCACCCCCCGAGGAAGGCCCAGGGCCCGACAUGCAGCUGGUCACCCAGCAGGUUAUCCAGUGUGCCUAUGACAUUGCCAAAGCUGCCAAGCAGCUUGUCACCAUCACCACCAAGGAGAACAGCAACUGACCAUGACAGGGCUUUUAGAUCCCCUGUAACGUCUCCAUUUUGUUAAUGUAUUGUUCAUCCUUUAACUUCUGGUUAGAAAAAAAGCAUUGUUUUACUGUGGUCGUUUUUUAAAUCAGUGUUGAUAUUUGCAUGUAAUUUAUUUAUUUACAAAAUGUACAAAAUGAGAGUAUAAAUAUUGGGACAAAAAGACUGAGCAGCUAUGGGAAAUCAUCCGUAGCUCUACUAACUGGAAGGGAGAAGCUGUUUUUGUCGUGAGCUACAACGGGAAUCUACAGUACAGCCAAAUACUGACAAGAUGAUUGGGCGUUCCCAGGAGACCCUUUGUCGCUAAUAUGCAGUUUCCUAACCGCACUUCUUAGUUUUGUGGUUCUACAUACUUCCAGACACAGUAUUUCUCACACCAAUGAAGCCAUGUUUUUGGUAUUUUUUUUUAUCUCCCCAACACCUAUACCCUCCUUAGAAAGGCCUUUCAUCCACUUUGAUGCUCCUUGUCGGAACCAGGGGUCUCAAACUGGCGGCCCCCAGGCCAAAUGCAUCCUGUAAGCAGAUUUAAUGCCAUCCAGCAUAGUAUUCCACAUGGUUAAGGAUGUUGUGAAAGCUAUGAAUAAGCCAUAAGUGUAUAAACUUUACACACCUUGGAGCUACAUAAAUAACUAUGGCAUUCUAAUGUACCAUUUAAUACAAUUCCAGCAAGCGUAGGGAGGAAUGUUGGGCGAUUUGGAUCUGAUGAACCAUCACUCAUCUGUGCACAUUUUUGUAUCCCUGCAAUGUCCAUGUCUCCCCCAUCCAAGUGUAAUUGCUUUAAUUUCAAAAUGCAUCUACUAGAACCAUCUAUGCCUAUUAUUGCAUUUCAACACUUGUUCAGGGGGGCAAAUUAUGCUCUUCACCAGCAAUAUGUUGUACUUGUAUUGAGUUCUAGUGAAUGUUUUAUAAGCUAAGAUGCUAGACACAGUCUUGUGCUAGAACAGUGUUAGUGCUGUGACAGUGGAUAGAUUUGCAGUGCAAAUAAUCAUUUGCCCUCUUCCAUGUGUUUUUGUGCUCCGUUCUGUAAUGCUGCUAGCUUUGACAUGUGCAACUAAUUGGAUAGGAUUGUAGAUAUCUCCACUACAAUUCUGCAAGUGCAUGGUUGCCGUCAGCAGAUGGUUCAGAGCUGUGUUGUACUUGAAAUGUAAUCAAGGAAAUGUCCCUCUGUGCUUGACUCUUGUUCUGAAUGGACUUCAAACAGGUGUCAGUUGUGCAGUAAUCAUAGCCUUAUUUUUUUAAAUAAACGUAAUUUAUAAUUGUAA